AAGAGACACUCUUGUACCUCAUCUUGUCCAAAAAAGGUAAUCAGAGUGUCUAAAAAUUACUUUUGAUUCGUCCAGAAAAAAAUAACACCGUCUAGUUUUAGGGUAAAAACCGGUAUCUAGAUCAGUGCGCAUAAGCACGGGUCGGCCACUCAAUAUUUUGUUGUACGAAGCUCUACAGCCAACGUCGUUCCUGGGCAUUUAUUUAUUCUUUUUCUUUUUGGUGAUUCCAAACCAACUUAUCUCUAAUGGUGACCACUUUAAAAGUAACAAAAGGUGUUCACCCCGUUGAACUAACCUGUGAUGAGCAAGGACUUCGUAUCGAAGGCGAUUUUAACGCAUCUCAAAAAUUGAAAAAGAAGAUUAUAUGCUGUUGUAUACCCGUUAUUCAAGGAAAAGGACCAGACCCAACCUUACUUCCAAUAGAUCAUGAGUACAUUCUUUAUGCCGAGUACAUUCAACGCACCAAGACCAUUCAGAUCCGUUUUGUAUUGCCAGAGGAUAGAAGUAACGAUGAUUCAACAGCUGAUUUCUAUGAGCUAUAUUAUACUGUGUCUGAUGAUAAAGCACAAGAAGCUGAAGCAUUCUGUGAGACAUUGAUGGACCAUGCUUAUGAAGGUGCAAAAGUUCAUAAGCGACUCUUGGUGUUGAUCAACCCAUUUGGAGGACAAGGCAAAGCCAAGGAAAUAUUCGAGUACCAUGUUCGUCCUAUAUUUCAAGCCGCCAAGUGUGAAGUUACCGUCAAAAAUACUCAGCGACAGGGACAUGCGAUUGAUAUUGCAAAGGAAUUGGAUGUUGACGCAUAUGAUGCUGUGGUCACCGUUAGCGGAGAUGGCGUAGUGCAUGAGGUUAUCAAUGGAUUUUUGGCACGAUCUGAUGCCAAGGACGUGAUGAAGAAAAUAACUUUAGGCAUCAUCCCUGGUGGCACUGGAAAUUCAUUGAUCAUCUCCAUCUUGGGCGAGAAAAGAGGAUUCGAUCCUGUUUAUACCGCACUUCAAGUUAUCAAAGGAAAGCCUAUGCCUCUUGAUCUCUGUUCAAUUACUUAUGACGAUCAUCGUUAUUUCUCAUUUUUGUCACAAAACUACGGUAUCGCUGCUUACGCUGAUUUGGCUACAGAACACAUGCGAUGGAUGGGCGAUACUCGUACAAUUGUAGGAUUAUUACAGGAGAUCUUUGCUCGUCAUACGUACGGCGUAGAAGCAGCGAUUCAGGUGGUUGAAUCUGAUAAAAAGAAAAUCAUACAGGAAUGCAGAGUAUUCAAAGGAUCUAUACUUGAGCAAGAAGAGCUCAAUCUGGAAGACACGCUACCACCUCUUUCUGAACCUGUACCAUCUGAUUGGAUGGUUAUCAAGGACAAUAUCUCAAUGUUUUUGGCAAGUAAGGUACCUCUUUUGUCCAGAGGCAUGCUCAGUCACCCUUGUGCACUGCCAAAUGAUGGUACACUCGAUCUUUUGUUGAUACGUCGAUCGCCUGGUAUUAAGAAACAGCUGGACGUAUUCACUAAAGUAGAAAAGGGCCACCAUAUUCAUAAUGACAUCGUCGAAUACUACAAGAUCAAGGCAUUUCGAUUGACGCCUGUGCUUAAACCUGGACAGACAGCCUAUGUUGCUAUUGACGGAGAGCACGCUCCUUGCAAGCCUUUCCAAGUUCAAGUUCAUCCUCGUUUAUGCUCUGUGCUAGCAAUCAAACCAACUUUUUUAAAUACCAAUAUCUAAGAAAUAAAAAAGGUUAUCUGAAGGGUAACCAGAGGCUCGUAAUUUGUAUACGCCUUUGGUUUUAUAAAAUGACUUUAGCAAUUUGUUCAGCUUGGAUGACAGGAAAAAUACAUCAUUUAUUGCACAUGGAGUGAUCAUAUUCACUGUUUAAGGAAAGUAAAAGUUGAGCUAUAUGAGACUUGAUCUUAUUAUCAUUAUAACAGAGACGAAAGCUUGGCCUGAUAGAGCCAUAUACUACGCGAAUUAACUUUUGCUAUACAU